AUGUUACCGUCACAAAACUUCUACAGUUCUCUAAGCGAUGGCUUCCACAACUAUUUAUCCAGCUCUCUUUCAACCACUUUAUCUAGAUCUCUUUAUAUUGGCGAUGAGCUUAUCAACCUAGUUGGAACAACUGCAAGCUUCAUAGCAGAAAUGGGAUCGUCGAGGGUUGGUAAGCUCCAGCGGCUUUGUACAGGAUCCCAGAUACAAGCAUGUGCUUCACCUUUACGUUUGAGACAAUCAAGAAACCAUGCUUUGUACCAGCGCCAGCAGUGUGAGAAGCAUGGAAAAUUGAUUGGCAUAAAGGUAAUGGGUGAAGAUUUUGCUUCAGACCCGUGCUCUCUGGACCAUCAUCCCAAGUGCAUGCCUAUCAGAACAGCCAAAGGUUCAGCAGAUAGGGCUGUUUACAAAAUCUGUACAUUCACCCUCAAAAAAAUGCACUCCCGCAAGACUACGAGAGCUGACGCAGUCUCAGUUGCUAGUAGUAUUGAAUUUCAUGACGCUAUAAUCGAUGAGAAUUUUGUUGACGGGUAUCGCAAAGCCAAAAGAGAAAAGGAGAUCUUUGAGUCGCAAAAAGGCGGUUUGAUUGAGAGAUGGAUACGGCACUUUACUGAUAGAGCGUUGUUGAAACGCCUUGAGGCUUAUGAGGACUCGGAACUCAAGACGUUUAUUGCUCAAAAACUAUUCAAAGUAGACGGAAUACUAUGUGACGAGCAGACGCGUCUGGAGCUGAUACAGAAUAUGGUUGCUCGCUCUGAAUUUUUCGAACUUGAUGAGGCCGAUCUGGUUAGGAAAUACGGAGAAGAAAUGACGGGAUGGUUGAGAGAUCGUCUGGUUCCUUCCCUCAGCGAAUGUAGCAGCGUUCUUUUCAAAGCUGCCUCACAUUUCAAUCGACUCAAAAGUCGCGAUCCCCUUCACAAUUGGUUCCGCCAUCCAGCUGAGGUUUCGACACAAAUAGCUGCGCGCAUCUCACGAUUUGCUGCUCAAAUGACGGACAGAGUGCGCUGGUCCUUGCUCAUUGAACCAGGCAAGAUCAACUGUCAUGUGAUGGAAUUCACCGCAGAGUUCAACCGCUUGGAGUCAUUCUUUUCCAACAACGAACUCACCCCAGAAGAAGCCGCGCAGACCGCAUUCAACGCGAAUUAUCUCACAAAAGCUAGAAGUAAACUGAUACCAUGCUGUGACGUAACACGUGUACAUCUGCUUUCUAACGAAUCGCGUCAGGAGGACAGAGCUGAAGUGAUCGAAGACAUUUUCUCAGCCGAACACACGACCGAGGUGUCCUUGACAUCGUCAAAAACAUACGGUACCCCUGACUUCAUACACGCAAAUUACGUACAUGGAGGACCGCUUUUGAACACAUUCAUAUGUACUCAGGCGCCCUUGCAAAAUACACAGGCUGAUUUUUGGAGAAUGGUGUAUCAAGAGAAGUCAAAAUUUAUAAUAAUGCUGUGCAGCGCAGUAGACAAGCAUUCACUUGGUCCACUAGAUCAUUCUCCGUCCCCUCACUGCUUAUAUUACUGGCCCAGGUCGGUAGGAGAAUCUCAACGCUUUGGUUCACUGAUGGUUCGUAAUGUUCGCGUCGAUGGCACGGUAGACCCGUUAUUUAACGUCACUUACUUGGAGUUGCGACCUAUUAACAGUGACAACGAGGCUGACGUGCACACAGUCGAACACUGGCAGUGGGACUGGCAGCAGAUGAGCGAUGUCCAUUGGCCUUUUCGAGUGCUGAGAAAAGCUCGGCUCCAGAAAACUCCGACAAUCGUGCAGUGCCUGGACGGUUGUGGCAGAAGUGGCACUUUGGUGGCGAUAGAAACAGUACUUAUGCAGUUUUUGAGAGGUUCUCCACUCGAAGACGACACGGUUUUCUUAUCUACCGUAUUUGUUCGCCUUCAACGUCGCCUGGCUGUAUCGUCUGCCCUACAUUAUCUUUUCAUAUAUCGGACUGUGUUGCACUGGAUCGCUCCAUAUGUCACAUCAAUCUACCAACGUUUUGCAUUAGGCUUAUCAUGGCCAGGAGUCGGUUUCAUAGCAAAAUAUGAGUCGAUGGUGAAAAAUUUGUCAAAAAUUGCACCUGCCUACUGAGAUGAUCAUAAUGCAUGUUCUAUUUAUUAAAUUGCUUGAGAAUAAAUUUUUAUAUGCUCUGAGAAGUUUUGAACGGCAGAUCGCGUAUGUUUAAUCGAAAC